AUCGUAUACAGGACUCGGGGAUAUCUGCAUGCCUGUUGGAUAAUAAAUUAUAUUAUUUUCUUUAUGAAAACGAGGCUUCAACAAAAUCAUACCUACACUGGCCUCACUGUUACUUUCUGUUUGGGCAUAUGCCGAAGUGAAACAGGUCACAAACUGUUUAUUACCCCAAAGACCUAUUUUUGCCAUGACAGUCGGUGCUAACAUUAGCUAGCUUGCUAAACUACCGUAAAAAAAAUUCGGAUAAGACAUUUGCCAGCUGCACAAAACAUGAAGCGUACGGGGAGGCGACGGAGCUCUGUGUGGGACUGCUUUGAACAAGUAGGGAACUUCGUCCGCUGCAUGAAAUGUGACGCUACUUUGAAGUACUGCGGCGGAGCCACCAGCUCCAUGAUGAACCACAUGAGUAGGCAUCAUCCGUCCACGACGCCGCUAGACGAAGACGAGAAACCGGUGAUUUGUACAGUUCAGUGCAUCGAGGAAGAGAGUGCCGCUAAUUCGGACAUCAUGCAGGUUGCUAUCAUGUCUCCCAACAUGAGCUUGACUAACAACCCCACCGAGCGUGACUACGGAGAGAGGAAGCGCCUGAAGCGGAGCUCUGUUUGGGACAUUUUCAUCAAAGUGGACGACGAGGUACACUGCACGAUGUGCGACACAAAGCUGAAAUACAGGAGCAGCACCACCAGCAUGAUGUAUCACAUUAAAAACAAGCACACGGACACUAUGCCUAAUGAUGGUGUGUCGCUGGCAACACAUACAGAGGUGACUGAACUUAUCUCCAGAAUGAUAGAGAAGGACAUGCUUCCCAUCAAUAUAGUUAAUGGUGAGGGUUUUCGUGAGCUACUUGCAUACACUGUGCAUAAUUAUAAAAUCCCAUCUGCUGGCGAUAUUACACGCCUUAUUGAAGGCCACUUCCAUGAAAAGGUGGAGGAGCUUGUAGUGCAGCUGGGUAGAGUGGAGAAAGUGGCCCUCACUGCUGACUUCUGGACAGCCCUCCCAUUUCAGAGGUACAUUACAGUUUUCUGUUCAUUCAUAACAGAAGACUGGCAGGGGAGGUCAGCUGUGCUGCAGACACACAAGCUAUCAUCAGACAGUCACACUACUAGAGACACUGUCACAGAGAGGCUUCUAAACACUGUGCAGACCUGGGGUAUUGCUGGGAAAGUGACUGCAUGUGUUCAUAACAACACACAGGACAUCUUGUCAGCCCAUUCGUGCGCCCAUGUCACCUGGGACUAUGCCACUUGCUUUGCCACUACAUUGCAGCUCGCAGUCAGUGAUGGGCUGAGUGACGAUCUAGUCCGCAUCAUUGUUGCUGCAGGGAAAGUAGUCAAGCACUUCAAUCACAACUUGCUGGCAAGUGAGGCCUUGGAGCAGAAGCAAGUUCAGAUGUGCCUGCCACAGCACAAGCUUAUCCAGUCGAAGAAAGCUAGAUGGGACACGAUCUGUGAUAUGUUUGAACGGUUGCUUGAGCAACGGUGGGCAAUUAAAGCUGUGCUCUCUGAUCGCACAAUCACCCACCGACAGGAAGCUCACAUCCUUGAGAUUGAAGAUGAUUACUGGCAAAUAAUUGAGAAUUUCACACCCGUUCUGGCAACGCUGAAAUGGGCGACAACAGUCAUAUCUGCUGAGACAGAGGUAUCCAUUUCAAACAUCUAUCCAAUCACGUUCAGCCUCAUUCAGACCCACCUUGUGCCAAAAGAGAAUGAUGUUGAACAAGUCUCUGAGUUCAAGCUGAAAGUUCAGAAGUCACUUAGAAAUCACAUGGAGAUUGACUCUAAUGACCUAGCCUCCAAACCAGCUCUGAUUGCCUCGAUGCUGGACCCUCGUCACAAACAUCUCAGCUUCCUGACGCCAACGGGGAGACUGGCUGCAAAGGUUAAACUGCAUGAACUGGUUUCAAAAUUAGAUGUGAUAACUACUACUGUGGGCCCAAAGGAUGAACAGCAGGAGACCCUGGUCACACCUGAUAUUAGCCAGGUGGCUAUGCCAUCACAAAUGAGAAGUGACACCAAAAACACCAUGAUGUUGCUCCUAGGAGACAACUACAGUUCCUCCUAUGCCACGGACUCUGAAGCUCAGGUAGAUUACUAUUUGAGAGACAUUGCUCCCUCAUUGGACAUAAACCCUCUUGACUGGUGGAGGGUAAAUGGACCAAGAUUCCCCAAACUGGCGACUCUGGCGAGACACUAUUUGUGUGUACCUGGGGUAUCACUGCCAUCUUUAUUGUCAGAGGCUGGACAAACAUAUGCAACAAUGCGUACAAGACUGAGCCCAGAGCAUGUUGACAUGAUGAUCUUUGUAAACAGAAAUGCAUAACUUGCAUUAUCCUACAUGAUGGAGAUGUACACUGACUUUCUAUACUAAUAAUAGAGUAAGGUUACUGUAGGGCAGUGGGGGACAAGAGGCGGCGUGUGCAAGUUAGGUAGACGCCUUGAUUGGAUGUCAGGGAGGAUGAGGAGAUGGCAGGGCUAUUAAGACAGCAGGUACUCUCCCACUGUUGAAAUGCUGUGUAUGCUGGGGCUAAUAAUGCUACAAAAACCUUUUUUUUCCCCAGUCAACAAAGUUAGAAAUUUCCCUCAGCAGCUGCUGUGAGCUGAGCUGCAGUCAAAUACUUAACUAUACCUUAAUGUAGUUCCCAACAUUAAAACCCAGUGAUUUGUCUUAUCACCUCACUUGACUUGAUGGCUGACAUUCCUGGCUUAAAACAGUGGGUAGUGAGCCAGUGGUAAAAUUAUGUCAGCAAUAUCUGAAUAAACACAUGGGGGCUACAAAUCCUUGGUAUUCAACAUCAAACAUCAGGCAUACCAAGCAUCUAUUGCAGGCUGCUAACAGUGUUUCAAGCUGCAAUCUUUCAUAUGCCUCAUUUACCUUAACACAGGUAUUAUGUUUUGUAUAUGGUGGUUAUGGACACAUAUUUUGAAUAGAUUUCAAAAUACAGAAGAAGAAAAAUCAGUGUUUUGUUACCUUUAUAGCAUACUGAGUAUUUGUAUUGUCAUUACAGCUAGACACUAACUGACCAAACUAACCACUGUAUUAUUACCAGUAUCAUUGUGAUGUCUGUUGUGUCUCUCAAUAUGCUAUUCCAAGAUAAAAUACAUACAGCUGUA